AUGGCAGGGAACAUAAAAGAGUUCCAAUACGAUCCUGAUACUCGCAGCACGUUUGCUGCCUGGGUCGCUAGGUAUGAGGACCUAUUCGCUAAAGAUGCCGAACGUAUCGAUGAUGGUGCAAAAGUAAGGUUACUUCUCCGGCGAUUGGGAACAAAUGAGCAUUACCGAUACGUGAGCUAUAUUCUGCCGAACACACCGAAAGAUUUUUCAUUCAGUGAUACAGUGGGGAAGCUGAAAUCUCUGUUUGGGACAAAAGAGUCGACCGUGAAAAAACGCUAUUGUGCACUCACUUUAGCAAAAGUUCCAGCUGAAGAUUUCGUGUCAUAUGCAUGCCGAGUUAACAAGAUGUGUGUUGAAUUCGAGCUUAAAAAGCUUUCAGAAGAACAAUUCAAAUGCCUAAUAUUUGUGUGUGGAAUAAAGUCCGAGUGUGACGCCGAAGUGCGAACAAGACUGCUAACAAAAAUUGAAGACUGUGCCGACGUCACACUUGGAGCUUUGAUGGAAGAGUGUCAGCGUUUGAUUAACUUAAAAAACGAUACUGCAAUGAUAGAAGCCAGUGCUAGUGGACCAAAAGUGCAAGCAGUGAAAAGCAGUCUUAGUUAUCGGAAGCAAUUUAAAAAGCCGAAUGAACAAAGGUGUCCCCAGCCGUCUCAAGGGAACCACAAGAACAGGCCAGCUACUCCAUGCUGGAAGUGUGGUGCCAUGCACUAUUCGAAGUUCUGCGGAUUUCGGAACCACAAAUGUGCCGAUUGUCAUCAGGUGGGUCAUAAGGAAGGGUAUUGCUCAAGCGCCCGACGUUCCCUCAAAUCGGUCAAACAUCGGAAUGGGAAUUUGUCUAUUCAAACCGUUACGCUAGCUGUUAGUAGUAUACAGUGCAAGCGACGAUAUGUGUGGGUCAAAAUAAAUGACGUGCCUGUUCGUCUGCAGCUAGACACAGCAUCAGAUAUUACGAUAAUUUCUGAACAAGUGUGGAUGCAGAUUGGCCACCCGGCAGCAAAUCCCACCACACAAACAGCCAAAUCUGCAUCUGGUGAGAAGCUAGACCUGUUAUACGAAUUUAUUGGUAAAGUUUCAUUAAAUGGAUGCACCCAAAAUGGCCGUGUAUUCGUGUCGGGAAAUUCACUUAAUCUUCUGGGUAUCGAUUUAAUCGAUAAAUUCAAUCUGUGGUCACUGCCUAUGGACAAAUUUUGUAAUAAAAUAGAAAGUGCUGCUCAGGAUAUAAGUGCUUUGAAACGGGUGUACCCUGAGCUUUUCAGCAAUAAGCUCGGGCUUUGCACAAAAACAAAAAUUGUGCUGUCUUUGAAGGAUGCAAGCAAACCUGUUUUCCGACCCAGGAGACCUGUAGCAUACGCAAUGCAAGCUAUAGUUGACGAAGAGCUUGACCGUUUGGAACGGUUGAAUAUUAUUUCACCUGUGCAGUACUCAGAGUGGGCUGCACCGAUAGUUGUUGUACGAAAGGCAAACACUACGAUCCGAUGCAGGAGAUAG